AGAUGAACGCGGGAGGUGGCGAUGUUCAUUCAUCGUAAAUACAAGACGUAGAGGCGUUGCUAACAGUACCAAACAUCUCGAUACCCAGAAAAAUUUUGCAGAGAAUGUUGUAUCCCCCAACUAUUGGAGACGAUGAAGUUGUAGACGUGAUAGAAUCAACAGAUGACGAGAUUGAUGAGGGAUUAGAAGUGAAGAAAAAGCUGCAGAAAAGGAUAAGCAAGGAUUUUGCUGAUGGAUUUCUAUUCGACUGCAUCAGUGGAAAUGACAAAGAAGUUGAUAUAUUGCAAAGCCUGCAUCCGUAUGUUAAAAAAGACACUAGCAGCACGUUAGAAGAAAAAAUUGAACGAGAACGCGUCAAACUUUUUAGCUCCGGGUUAGCGGAGAAGAUUCCUGAACUCGUGCAAGAAAUGGAGGAUAUUUCUGAUAAUGUUCGUGAAAAACAGGCGAAAAAAAGGAAAUGUUAUGCGACGGAUAGUUUUUUCGAUAAUGCCACUAGUACUAAUGCGCUGAAUGCAGAAACAGCUAUUAGUUUUGAUCAAAUGAAUCUCUCUAGAGCACUAUUGAAGGCCAUAACAGCAUGCGGUUUUACUGAACCUACUCGAAUACAAAGUACAUGCAUACCCCUUGCACUUGCAGGGCGUGAUCUCUGUGCAUGUUCUGCAACAGGAACUGGUAAAACAGCUGCUUUCAUGUUACCCGUUUUGGAGCGUUUAUUAUAUCGGCCACAGCAAAAAGCGAUGACUCGAGUAGUUGUACUGACACCAACAAGAGAAUUAGCUAUACAGACAUUUCAAGUUAGUCGACAGUUAUCGCAGUUCAUGCGCAUCGAUAUAUGUUUGUGUGCAGGUGGUUUGGAUUUGAAAACUCAGGAAGCAGCAUUGCGACAACGUCCCGAUAUUGUAAUUGCUACACCAGGACGACUGAUUGAUCAUCUACAUAAUGCACCUAAUUUCUCACUUGUUAAUGUCGAAAUUUUGGUACUGGACGAAGCAGAUCGAAUGCUGGAUGAAGCUUUCGCUGAUCAAAUGAAAGAAAUCAUACAUUUAUGUGCGCAAAAUAGACAGACGAUGCUGUUUUCAGCCACUAUGACAGAUCAAGUCGAAGAGUUGGCAGCUGUCUCAUUAAAAAAUCCGGUGAAAUUAUUCAUCACUGGUAAUACAGAAACAGCUCUGAAUCUUCGGCAGGAAUUUGUACGUAUACGGGAAAGCCAUGAAACCGAUCGGGAAUGUAUUGUAGCAGGUCUAGUCACACGGAAUUUUCCUGACCACACAAUAAUAUUCGUGAAAACGAAGAGAACUUGCCGGCGACUCCAUAUUGUACUGGGUCUUCUGGGAGUUAAGGUCGGUCAACUCCACAGUGGCUUAACACAAAGACAACGUGUUGAGGCAUUGUUUCGAUUUAAAAAAGCUGAACUUGAUGUGCUAGUUUCGACAGAUCUCGCAGCUAGAGGACUUGACGUAGAAGGUGUCAAGACAGUCAUUAAUAUGGAUAUGCCCAGUACGUUGAAGCAGUACGUUCAUCGAGUUGGUCGAACUGCUCGAGCAGGUCGUGUAGGACGAUCCAUUUCUUUGGUGGGUGAAAGUGAACGAAAAAUUCUGAAAGAAAUUAUAGCAUCGAAUAAAGGAGGAGGUUGUUUGAAGCAACGGCUGAUCAGUGCUAAUGUCGUCGAAGCUUAUAAAAACAGGAUUGAGAGUUUGGAAGAGAGUAUUGAAAGAAUUAGACAAGAGGAAGAAGUAGAAAGAACUCUGCGACUUGCGCAGGAGGAGUUACAAAGAGGUAAAACAAAAUUGGAAGGGAAUGUGGAGAAACGAUGUUGGAUAAAAUUGCGGAAGCCGUUAAUUAAUGUGGAAGAUAGAAAGAAGAGUAAGAAUUAUGAUGCAGAUGACGAUGGAAAUGAGGAAGAAUUACGAGCUCAGCGAAUAGCUGAAUUUCAAGUGCGUGCAGCGAAACGUGCAAGGAAGGGGAGAAAGUUACGAGCAGUUGGGGAAAAUCAUGAUCGUUUUGCGAAUAGAGAAAAGAACAAACAGAAGUCAGGAAGUUCGUUCACAAAUGAAUUAACAGACGUGAGAAAGAAAGCGGUAAAACGAUUUAGAUAUGGGCCUGAAGAUGCAGAUUUCAAAGCAGCGAAGAUGAAAAAAGCACGAAGAAUCAAAUUUUAAAAUGACCUUGUCUUAAAGUUACAGUCUUUCUGGUAAAUGUUGAGUCCAAAAUUGAAGACUGUUUUAACACUAUAGUUCGAAGCGUACAUCAUGAAUAUUGACUCGUUAUCGUUAACCAGUGAAAUGUGCUUACCAAGAACGAUUCAUUCAUUGGUAAAAGAAGC